AUGACAACACCGGAACCCAACAUGGCAGCAACACCGGCGCGGGCCUCCGCUCUCCUCGCGAACCUGACCGCAGUAUCCGCCCGCAUCACCACAGCAAGCCAACAAGCCCCAACACCCAAACCAGUCCGCCUAAUCGCAGUCUCCAAACUGAAGCCAGCAAGCGACGCGCUAGCCCUCCACCAAGCGCCCGCCUCGCAAGUCCAUUUCGGCGAAAACUACCUGCAAGAACUCCUGGAGAAAUCACGCCUCCUCCCCGCAAGCAUCAAAUGGCAUUUCAUCGGCGGACUCCAGAGUAACAAGUGCGUGACACUUGCCCGAGAAGUGCGCGGGCUCUGGGCAGUUGAGAGCGUGGACUCGGAGAAGAAAGCCAAGCUUCUUGCGAAGGGGUGGGAGGAGCGGAGUGAGGAUGUCAAGGCGCAUGCGGAAGACGGUGAUAGACUGCGCGUCUAUGUGCAGGUGAAUACCUCGGGCGAGUCGAAUAAGGCGGGCAUUGAGCCUGAGGCGGCGGCGGGGCUGUGUCGGUAUAUUCGGGAACAGUGUCCGCGGUUGAAGCUGCAGGGUGUGAUGACUAUCGGUGCGAUUGCGCGGUCGAGGGAUACGACGCCUGAGAAUGAGAAUGAGGAUUUUGUUUGUUUGAGGGAGACGAGGGAUCGGAUUGUGAAGGAGCUUGGGCUUGAUGGGGUUGAGGCGGAAUUGGAGCUUAGUAUGGGGAUGAGCUCGGAUUUCGAGGGUGCUAUUGCUCUUGGUAGCGAUCAGGUGCGGGUUGGUACUACGAUCUUUGGGGAUAGGCCGCCUAAGGCGGAUGCUGUUGUUUGA